GGGGGGAGGGUGAGAACGACAGACAGAGAAAACAGAGUGAAAGAAAGAUACUAGAGUGGAUAGAAGAGAUUAACACUUUAUCAGGAAAACAAAAGAGAGAAGUUGUGUCCCAGUCUCUGAGGUGACCAUACUGCUGGAGUCUUACAGAACCGUGUUGACGGUGAAAACAACUGCUACAACAGGGAUUAUGGAGCAGCAGACAAGUUGAGCCGAGUCCAGCACAGCUCUGCCAUUAUGUCAGCAGAUUCACGGCCCAGAGACCCUCGGCUGCCAGGGGUCUUCAUGAAGCCUGGGCCAGUGGGGCUACAGACUCUACUGGAUCUGCUAGUGGGGGUGUAUCAGGAGUUCCGUGGCUCUGCCUUGUCCAGGGAGAAGUAUGUCUCAGGCUUCCUCCAAUGGGCUGAGCCACUGGUGAGGCAGGUGCAGAUGACAAGAAUUCAAAGGGAUGACUUUGAGAUCCUGAAAGUGAUUGGCAGAGGGACCUUCAGUGAGGUGGCUGUGGCAAAGAUGCGGAGCACCCAACAGGUUUACGCUAUGAAGAUUAUGAACAAGUGGGAUAUGCUGAAACGAGGAGAGACAGCUUGCUACCAGGAAGAGAGAGAGGUCCUUCUGAAGGGAGAUCGACAGUGGAUUACAGAGCUCCACUACGCAUUUCAAGAUGACAAUUAUCUUUAUCUCGUUAUGGAUUAUUAUGUUGGUGGUGACUUGCUGACUUUGCUCAGUAAAUUUGGAGAUCGGAUUCCAGAGGACAUGGCCCAGUUCUAUCUUGCAGAGAUGAUUAUGGCCAUAGACUCUGUCCACAUGCUUGGCUAUGUACACAGAGAUGUCAAACCAGACAAUAUCCUGCUCACCGCAGAUGGUCAUGUAAGGCUUGGGGACUUUGGAUCUUGUCUGAGACUCCAAGAGGAUGGAAUGGUUCACUCAUCUUUGGCAGUGGGAACUCCUGAUUACCUGUCUCCAGAAAUAUUGCGUGCAGUGGAGGGUGGGAGUGGGUAUGGCAUAGAGUGUGACUGGUGGGCCCUGGGUGUAUGCGCCUAUGAAAUGUUGCUGGGGACAACACCUUUCUAUGCUGAGUCCCUCUCUGAGACAUACGCCAAGAUCAUCCAUUUCCAGGAUUACUUUGAAUUCCCUUCAGGAGAUCAACAGAUUUCUCCAGACGGCAGGUCUCUAAUUACAGGGUUGAUCUGUGAGAGGCAAGAGCGUCUGGGGACCAGAGGUUCUGGGGACUUCAGGGGCCAUCCCUUCUUCAGUGGACUGGACUGGGGUCGUCUUCACCUGCUCCCAGCUCCAUUCCAACCAGAAGUCUCCAAUCCCACUGAUACAUCCAACUUUGAUGUGCUUGAUGAUUGCCUGAGUGAAAUGGAAACUCUGUGUGAUGUCAUGGAGAGGGCACCUGUGGGUGUUCAUUUGGCCUUUGUUGGUUUUUCCUAUACUGCUACUAGUGAGACUGGUGCAAUGGACCGCAGUCACAAUAUCAUGAUGGAGAUUGACCACCACCAGAUAAAAGAGUGUCACAUUUUCCAGGAGAAAGUGCAUCAGAUGUGGCAGAUGAGAGAACCACCCUCAGCAGAGAAGCACCCUCUAGCACUGGGACUGGCUCCUGCAAAUACGCAAGACACUGAGAAGCACAGAGAACUACAUAAAGAUGAGCUAAUCAGAAAGUUGCAGGAAGCAGAGCAGAGAAAUUCACAGAUGGAGAGCGAGAUGAAGAGGCUACAUGAGGAGAUCCAGGCUUUGAGGACUCACAAAGAACGAGGGCUGUGUGUGUGCCCUUCAUCCUUUUCUCUAUCUGCUCACUGCUUGGAAAACCCAGGGGAUAACAUGUCAGCACCCCCUGCCUGCCAUUACCCACUGGUAAUACCUCUCCUUCGACAUCUGCUGCUAUUCCACAGAGUCCGCUGGCCACAAGUGAGGUGUGAGUCAUAUCUCCUAGUGUGUGCUAGGGAGCGCCUGGGAAUGUCAUUGCUGGUGUAAAGUCUCCCGAGCUAAAGCUGUUAUUCACACAACAAAGGACUGAUGAUGUUCUUCAGCACCUCUCAAGGAUAUGUCAAGUUUUGCUAAGCAGGCAACUAUAAGUGAUUAACUUGAAGUAAACAGAACUAUAGUGACACAUUUCUACGGAGGACCUCUUAGCACUGAAAUAAUCUGUGUGUGAUAAACUGUUGUUCUUCUAUAGCCAUAGAACAAUUCCUGCUUGUGUUUUAGUUCUGUUUAAUUUAUCUCUACUAGAGUGCCAUUAUAGUUUUCUGUGAUAAAACUCUAAUUUUAAGGUCCACUCUGAUGGGUGGCAUGAAUCAUGUUUAAGAAAAAAUUAAAUAUGAACGUUUUCAUUGAUAUUUCUAUUUUGAAAUACGGGUGAUAAACUCGUUGUCGAAGUCCCUCAGGGCCAGAUGUACUAACGCUUUUGCGCCCACUUCAAGCGUAUUUGUUUUGCAACGUGCAUGUAAAAUC